CAAGGGCCGCUGCAGUCAGCUUAUGUGAGGCCUGUGGUGAGUUGGGGGGUGUCUGUGGUCAGUCAUGGUGGAGGCAGAACCCCAGGACGCAAGCACCCUAAUGAGGCAGGCGCACCCUGGCACCAAGACCCUAAGGAGUUUGAGGGAGGGGUCUGGCUCCUCCAGGUUCGGGGGUUCAAGGCCAGGUCAUAGAGCAGUCGGGGUUCUGGGGUGCCUCCUUCCUGUGAGAGGAGCUGGGCGGGCCCGGCUGACAGGUCGGGCGGCAUAGCCGAGGCGACACUCACCUCCAGCAUAAAACCCCACUUCAUGGAGCCCCGCACCUCACACCACGGCUCUUGGAGCUCCCGCCACCACUGUCCCCUGCCCAGUCCCCAGCCAGGCUGAGACCAUGAGGCGGCCGCUGGCCGUGGCCCUGCUCCUGCUGCUGCUGUGGAUUGGGACUCAGGGGGCCGAGUCAUUAAGCGUCUGCGGGCGCCCGAGGAUGAGGAUGCUGAACCGGAUGGUGGGCGGGCAGGACGCCUCGGAAGGCGAGUGGCCCUGGCAAGUCAGCAUCCAGCGCAACGGAAGCCAUUUCUGCGGGGGCAGCCUCAUCACGGAGCGCUGGGUCCUCACCGCGGCGCACUGCUUCUCCAACACGUCCGAAACAGCCCUGUACCAGGUCCUGCUGGGGGCGCGGCAGCUGGUGAAGCCAGGGCCGCACGCUGUGUACGCCCAGGUGAAGCGGGUGGAGAGCAACCCCCUGUACCAGGGCAUGGCCUCCAGUGCUGAUGUGGCCCUGGUGGAGCUGAAGGCUCCCGUGACCUUCACCGAUUAUAUCCUCCCCGUGUGCGUACCUGACCCCUCGGUUGCCUUUCAGACGGGCAUGAACUGCUGGGUCACCGGCUGGGGCAGCCCCAGUGAGCAAGACCGCCUGCCCAACCCACGGAUCCUGCAGAAACUCGCUGUGCCCAUCAUUGACACGCCCAAGUGCAACCUGCUCUACAGCAAAGAUGCUGAGUCCAACUUCCAGCCAAAAACCAUCAAGGACGACAUGCUGUGUGCCGGCUUUGCUGAGGGCAAGAAGGACGCCUGCAAGGGCGACUCUGGGGGCCCCCUGGUGUGCCUCGUGGGCCAGUCGUGGCUGCAGGCUGGGGUGAUCAGCUGGGGCGAGGGCUGCGCCCGCCGGAACCGCCCAGGCGUCUACAUCCGGCUCACCUCCCACCACAACUGGAUCCAUCGGAUCAUCCCGGAACUGCAGUUCCAGCAGGCUAGGUUGGGCAGUCAGAGGCGGGGCCCCCGGCUCCAGCAGCCCCUGGGUCGGAACUUUGCGCCCUGCCUGGCAGCCCACGCUGUCUUCCUGGUCCUCACGGCCCUGCUCACCUUCCUCUGAGCCCCGGGUCCACGGUGUACAUUUUGUAAAUAGCUCUCCAAUUCUCCCUUCUCUCAAAUGCCCAGAUAUUUUUAUUUAUGUUCAUUCUCCAAUAAAAACCCAACCUCA